CUGUUGACAGUUUAAAUUUGCUUACAGUUUUCAAGGUCAUUGUUGUUUACAUACUGAUAGAAUCAAUCAGUCAGUAUGUAAACAACAAUAUUUGGUAUUCAGCGAUUUGUUACAUGGAAGAGUGCUAGAUCGAGAGAUUAAUUAUUAGACUCUCAACUGUCGAUAUAAAUGGUUAUUAACAUCAGUGUGGUAAUAGAGAAAAAAUAAUUAAACUGUUUUCUAAAGGAUUCAAGACUUGAAAUACUGCUAAAUAUAACAAAUUCACAAGCUAAAAUCUUAAUGGAGACCGAUACUAUAAACAAAUGUUCAGUUGAAAUUUUGUUGGAGUUCUUUGAAGUUUGCAUUCAUUCUAUUCUCUAUAUUCGAAAAGUCUAUCCACCAAGUAUAUUCACACUCAAGAAAAAAUAUAAUGUUCCAGUUCAUAUUUCAUUGUAUCCUGACCUUAAUCUCUACAUAUCCAGUGUAUUAAAAUCUGUCAAAACAUUUCUUAUGACGAAUAAGCUUCAGCAGCUUUCACUAUGUAUUUUGGACUCCUCAUUAAAACCUGUAGAAAAAUUUGUUUUUAACAAUUUCAACAUUAAUUCUUCUUCCAUUAUGAAUCACAGUGACAUGUCACAUUUAUUACCUCUGGAAGAGUCAUUCAGAGCAUUUUGUUUGAAACUUUCUACCUCUGACUACAUUUUGAAGCCAAUUCCAGACAAUUCGUCUUUUAAAAUUUAUGUUAAAACUGAAGGAUCCAUUCUUGCUAAUAUGUAUGAAGAUCCAACCUUUGAGGCAUUUCCUUGGAUAGCUGAAAACAAAAUUUCUGAAAAUGAACUUCAUGAGAUUUCCCCUCUUUUAAGCCUUCAUACUCCGAAUUUUCAAUUUGAAACUUAUGUUGAAAUUUAGUAGUUUUAGUUUUGUAUUUUCAUAAAGUAAUUAAAAUAACUGUAAUUUUA